AUGCCGGAGGAUGUCAGAGACUUAUCUGAUUCAGGGGGCGACUUGGAUAUUCCAGGAGCAAAGACCGCCGAAGAACCAAUAGUCAUUAUCGAUGAGAAAUCAGCCAUCGCACUGCCCCGUGAAAAAGAUGAAGAUUCUGCCGCAUCUCAAGGCGAUGAUGAUACGGUAUACGUGAAAGGUCAUCCCGUUAUUCAAAAUGGAGCGGAUGUUUCUAAAUUCCUCAUCUCAGAUCGAGAUGAUGGAGAUCCUGCCUUGACCUUUCGGUCCAUCGUCUUGGGCAGUGCCUUCACAGCCCUUUCUAGUGUGAUCACUAUGCUUUACGUCUUCAAGCCAACUCAGAUGCAAGUCUCGGCAACUUUCCUGCAAUUGUUGAUCUACGUCUUCGGUGAAGCCUGGGCACGUUUGACUCCUCGCCCAGACCGAUUCAAAUGGAAGUGGCUUCAGGCUACACUCCGCUUUUUCAAUUUUGGGCAGCCUUUCGGAAUCAAAGAGCAUGUCAUUGCAGCGCUGAUUGCAUCAUCUGGCAACAACGGUCUGAGUGGGGUGGAGGUCUAUGCCGCUGAAAGACUAUUUUAUGAUCGAAGUGUCUCAGCCACCACAGCAGUCCUGGCUACCUUCUCAAUGGCACUUUGUGGUUUUGUGUUGGCAGGGGUAUUACGACCGCUGAUCGUUUAUCCAGCCGAAAUGGUAUACUGGACCACUCUACCGCAGGUGGUUCUCUUCCAAAAGCUGCAUUUCGAUCGGCGCGCAAACCGAGGCCGUCUCAUCAAAUUUGGCUGGGCUCUUGCCUUCGCUGCUGUCUGGGAAAUUUUCCCUGCCUACAUUGUAACAUGGUUUGGAGGUCUUUCGAUCUUCUGUCUGGCGUCAAUUAAGGCGCCGGAACACACUAGAACACUGUUUGGGACAAUUUUUGGUGGUGCUUCGUCCAACGAAGGCAUGGGUCUGCUCAACUUCUCUCUCGACUGGCAGUAUAUUCAGAGCACUUACCUGUCAUUGCCGUUCAAACAACAGGUUAACACGUGGAUUGCCUAUGUGAUAUGGUAUCCAGCAAUGCUUGGGUUGUAUUACAGCAAUGCCUUCAAUGCGAAAAACUUUCCCUUCAUGUCAACGUCUCUUUUUAAGAGCAAUGGCGAGCCGCUUUCCACAACAUCGCUUUUGAACAACGAAGGCACUAUCGAUGAGACCAAGCUCGCCAAAAUUGGACUGCCAUCCUUAACGGCAACUACAGUCUGGGGCUAUUUCACUCAGAAUUUGGCUAUUGGGGCAUUGAUCACUCAUGUACUCAUCUUUUACUGGAAGGAUAUGGUCCUUGCGUGGAAGCAGGCACGGAGCAGAACUCAGCCCGACCUGCACUACAAAGGAAUGCUGAAGUACAAGGAAGUUCCAAUGUGGUGGUACCUGGUUCUUUUCGUCCUCUGCUUCGUGGCUGGAAUAAUCGUGAAUGCCAAAGGCGAAACAACUCUUCCUGUUUGGGGCUACAUCGUCUCUCUGCUACUGGGGGGCUUCAUUGCCCCUUUCUCCUGCAUUCUCUACGGGCUGUACGGAACUGGGGUUUCAACCAACCAGCUCUCUAAGAUGGUUGGAGGUGCCCUCCACCCGGGUCGGCCUUUGGCAAACCUAUACUUCGCUAGUUGGUCACACCAGGUGAUACUCCUCGCUGUCAAUCUAGCGAACUGGCUCAAAGUCGGACAGUACACUAAAGUACCCCACCGCAUCAUGUUUGCUACACAAAUCUAUGCGACUCUGCUAGGAGCGGGCCUGAACUACGCCGUCAUGACCACCAUCGUGACCAACCAGCGAGAUAUUCUCCUCAACCCCGAGGGCAAUAACGUUUGGAGCGGCUCCACUAUGCAAAGUCUGAACUCACAAGCAAUUACAUGGGCCCUGGCAAAGGACAUAUACGGCUCGAAGGGCCCUUAUCUCAUUGUUCCCCUCGGCAUUGUCAUCGGGUUGGCCCUGCCUGUUAUGCACUGGGGCUUGAUCAAAAUUUUUCCCCGUUUCCGCGACUGGCCACUCAAUACCGCAAUCAUCACAACUUAUGCCGGGUAUACGUACUAUGGAAAUACCUCAUGGAUUUGGUCUUCAAUUGCAGUUGGGGUCUUUUCGCAAUUAUGGCUUCGACGCCGGCUACCCCGGGUUUACAACAAGUACAAUUACCUCAUUGGGGCUGCACUGGAUGGAGGUGCCCAGAUAAUCAUUUUCAUUCUUUCUUUUGCCGUUUUUGGUGCAAGCGGAAAAGAGCAUGCUUUCCCAACCUGGUGGGGAAAUCCGUCUGGUAACCCAGAUCAUUGCCUGUAG